CUCCGUGCAACGCAGGAAAAUGGCCGACGGCGAGCUGUUACUGUUAGUGAAGUCCGACUUCGGACAAGUCGUGUUUGACAUUAGCGACACCUACGUCGCGGGCAAACCGCUGGACUGCCAGUACAAGCUAACGGAGCUGAUCACGCCCGCGGGCGGAGACUGGGUCGGGCUGUUCCGCGUCGGUUGGACGAAUGCAAAGAGCUUUAUCGCCCGCCAGGAGGCGCCAUGCGUCGGCGCAGCCCAGUGCGAGACGGGCGAGAAGACCUGCAUUGUAAAAUUCGAAGAGAACCUUCCCGGCGACGAUGGCGAGUUCUACCAGUUUGUUUACGUUAGCGACGUGGGCGUGGUGCGCGGUGCCAGCACGCCGUUCCAAUUCCGCGACACGGACGGCGGGGACUUUGUCGCGCUGGAAGAGGAUGACAUCAUGAUCGUGCAGCCACGUGCCGCCAUCACAGAGGGCAAUCUAAAGGUCGCGUUCUGGGAGACGGCGCAGCUGAGAGCUGCGAAGGAGGUUCUAGAGGAGGAGGUGAACGACCUGCAGGAGAAGCUGCAAACUGCCGUCCAGCAGGUGGCAGCACUGAGACAUGAGAUGUCGUCUCAGCAGGAGGCCUCGCAGGCGACGGAGACUGAGCUGCGGGGAAAGCUGAAGCAACUAGAGAAGAUAGGCAAAACAAACGAGGUGGCCAUCACGCAGGCCAAGAAGGACACAAAAAAACUGCAAACUGCUGUCCAGCAGGUGGCAGCACUGAGGCAAGAGAUGUCAUGUCAACAAGAGGCCUCAAAGGCGACGGAGGCUGAGCUGCGGGCGACGGUUAAGCAGCUGAAGGAGGUCGGGGAGACGAAGAAAGGAGCCAUCGCGCAGGCGAAGAAGGACACGGAGAAGCUGCUGGCCCGCGUCCAGGAACUCGAGGAGAAGCUGAAGAACAGCGAAGACAAGAACGAGGCCCUCAAGGCCUGCAAACGGCAGCUGACCGACGACGUCAGGGCCUACGAAGAACUCAAGGCCAGCAUGUCAGCAUCGCUGAAGGUGGCGGCCACGGAAAUGGAUAAACAGAGCAGGGAGGCAGAGGCAGCGAAAGAGAGAGCUUUGCAGCUCGAGAAGCUGCUGGAACAGGAGGAGAUGGCGAACAAGGCGGUGGCGAAGGCAAGCAGUGAGCUUGCUGACGAGAACUCGCGGCUGCGCGGUGAGCUGGAGAGCCUCAGACAGCAGAAGGAGCUCGAGUCCGCGGGCACGGCGUUCGCGUUCAGUCAGACGCUGGCCGGCCUGCAGGAGUGCUGCAAAAACUACCGGGAUAAGCUGACGAAGGCCGAAAACAAGCUCGCUCAGAACGCGAAACUUGCGACGGCGAAGGCAGAUCUCAUGACAGAGAACGAGGACAUGGCGGGGAGGCUGGGGAUGGCGACGCAAGCGUACAUAAGCAAAUGCAAGGAAUGUGAGAAGUUGAAGAUAAAGCUCGGCCGGCUUCAGCGCUGCGGCUCCGCCUCCUCCCUCACGACCGCUGGCGCCACCUACUACAACGAUCCCGUUCUCGAGGCGACGACGGAUGACGACGCCUUCGCGCUGUCUUUGUGGGCGGAGGUGAGCGGAGGUGGCAGCACCGCGGCGGCGGCGGCGACGGAGGAGGAGGGCGGAAGGAGGAACGUGCGAGUGCUGACGCAGGAGAACGAUAAGCUGAGAGGAACCGUGCAGAUGCAGAGCAAGGAGAUGAGUCUCAUCAAGGAGGCGCUGGAGAAGGCGCAGCAGACGCUGCAGGUGAAGUUAGCGAGCGAGUCAGAACUUCAGAGCGCGAUCGAACAUCUGCUAAAUUUGCAGACGGACGCGAAACCAAAGGGAACGACGCAGAGACGAGAGAUCAAGCGAAAUAUGGUGUGA